AUGCCUGCCCAUCUGUUUGGUCCCAGUAGUCCGGCUAUAGUGAUCGAUAAUGGAACGGGGAUGCUAAAAGCGGGUUAUGCCGGAGAGAUGGAGCCUCGAGCUGUAGUACCAAUGAUUCUGGGUCGCCCGAAACAUGUUAAACUAUUGGUUGAUCGUACCAGUGAUCAGUGUUUUGUGGGCGAUGUGGCCGGUGGGAAACGCGGUGCCCUCACUCUGUCCUAUCCAAUAGUGAACGGGAUUGUACAAAAUUGGGAUGAUUUAGAUACCAUAUGGCAUCAUGUCUUCACAAAUGAACUACGGAUUUUGCCUGAAAAUCAUCCAAUCCUGCUCACAGAAUCCCCACAGAAUCCGAGAACUAAUCGUGAAAAAAUGGCCGAAAUCAUGUUUGAAAAUUUCAAUGUUCCUGCGCUGUACAUUUCCAUACAAGCGGUACUGUCCUUGUACGCAUCUGGCCGCACAACUGGCCUUGUAUUGGAUUGUGGUGAAGGUGUGACUCAUUGGGUUCCGGUGUUUGAUGCCUAUGUGAUACCGAACGCAAUUUGCCGACGCAAUCUGGCCGGACGUGAUGUGACCAAUUAUCUAAAAGUUCUUCUUACAGAACGUGGAUAUAAAUUUGUCACCACUUGUGAGCAUGAAAUCGCUCGGGAUGUGAAGGAGAACAUAUGCUAUGUGUCUUCGGACUUUGAGAACGAACUGCGUCGAUCGUAUCAUGAUCGAUCAUGCGAAAUGAACUAUCGCCUUCCUGACGGACAGCUCUUGCGUAUCGGGAAUGAGCGAUUCCGUGCACCUGAAUUGAUGUUCAAGCCUAAACUGGUUGGACUGGAAUUUCCCGGNNCAAUGUACAAAGGAUUUCCCGAAAGACUGCGCAACGAACUUCAUGCUCUUGUGCCAAAUAGUGUGAAUGUGAAAAUUUCUGCCUCUCCUGAACGCAAAUAUUCCGUGUGGAUUGGUGGUGCGGUAUUGGCUUCCCUAUCCAGUUUCAGUGAUAUGUGGGUCACAAAGGAGGAAUACGAUGAGUCUGGUCCAAGUAUCAUACAUCAGAGAUGCAUUUGA